ACACUGUGGAAGAAAGACCCACGCCACACAAACAAUAUUCAAUUCUCUGGAGUCCAGUGUCCGGUGUACAUUUUACAUUGCAGACUUCAUUCUACAGAGAAGAGAAGACCCAACUGAGCUCAACAAAACCAGAACCAGACAGAGGGGGGACGGCGUCGUUUCUGAAGUUGAAGAGGAAAGAAGAUGAACACAGACAUUACUGCCUCGACCACGCCCGAGUACCCGGUCAUAGAUCGGAACCCUCCAUUCACCACAGUCGUCGGCAACUUCAGCACCCUCGAUUACUUUCGCUUCGCCACCAUCACCGGCGUCUCCGUCACCGUAGGCUACCUCUCCGGGAUUAAGCCAGGGAUUAGAGGGCCGUCUAUGGUCACCGGAGGUCUGAUUGGGCUAAUGGGCGGGUUCAUGUACGCUUACCAGAACUCGGCGGGACGCCUCAUGGGCUUUUUCCCCAACGACAAUGAGGUAGCCCGUUACAAGAAAUGAAAUCAAAUCAAUGUCCUCAAUUUUAGGGUUUUGGAUUUUUAAUAAUCAGAUUGUUCCUUUUGUGGUGAAUUUGUUCAUGUGCUAUCUGAGAUUAAAACUUGUGGUUUUUCGAUUCGAUGUCAAGGCCGUCAUUUUUAAGUGUUAAAAUAUCAUACAACUGAUAAUAAAAUGCUCUUGUUGAAUUCCUCA